GCACAGUACCGGAGAACACACAGAUUUUAAAGACAUUCAGUGCAGACGGACAGCACGACAAACCCUGCCUGCGAAAGAGCUGUGUCUGAGAUGGCUACCACAGGAAAAAUUAUAAAAUGUAGGGCAGCUGUUGCCUGGGAACCACAUAAACCUCUCAGCAUUGAGGAAAUCGAGGUUGCUCCUCCAAAAUCCCAUGAAGUCAGAAUAAAGAUAUUGGCUUCUGGAAUCUGUGGCUCUGACAGCAGUGCUCUAAGCACAGUCCUCAGUGAUAUUAAGUUUCCAGUGAUAUUGGGCCAUGAAGCUGUCGGGAUUGUUGAGAGCAUCGGAUGCGGAGUGACUAUUGUAAAACCAGGUGACAAAGUUAUCCCUCUAUUUGUUCCUAAUUGCGGAGUUUGCAGAAGCUGCAAGUCUACAAACAGCAACAUGUGUCACAAAAAUGAGUUUGGUUCAAGAAGUGGAUUAAUGGAGGACAAAACUACAAGGUUUACAUGUAAGGGUAAACCAAUUCACAACUUUUUCAGUACAAGCACCUUCACUGAAUACACAGUGGUGUCUGAUAUCUGUGUUGCAAAAGUGAACUCUCAUGCACCUAUUGAAACUUGCCUUAUUGGGUGUGGAUUUGGUACGGGAUAUGGAGCAGCUAUUAACACUGCUAAGGUGACUCCAGGAUCUAUAUGUGCUGUAUUUGGUCUGGGAGGUGUUGGAUUUUCAACUAUAAUUGGCUGCAAGAUCUCUGGUGCAGCUAGAAUUAUUGGAAUUGGCUACCAUAAAGAAAAAUUUCCGUUAGCUAUAGAAUUGGGUGCCACUGAAUGCAUAAAUCCCAAAGACUAUAAUAAACCAAUUCAAGAGGUCAUUGCAGACAUGACUAACGGGGGAGUGGAUUACUCUUUUGAAUGUGCUGGACGCAUUGAAACUAUGACAACUGCACUUGAAUCUACUUACAUGGGGUCCGGAAUCACUGUGAUACUUGGAGCAACACCUUCAAAUGAAAAACUUUCAAUUGAUCCUGGCCUGCUUCUCACUGGUCGAACUUUGAAAGGAUCUGUAUAUGGAGGUUGGAAAAGUCAGAAAGAUGUUCCAAAGCUAGUUACUGAUUACAUGGCAAAGAAGUUUAAGCUUGAUUUCUUGGUGGGCCAAACUAUUCCUCUGGAGAAGAUCAAUGAUGCAUUUCAGUUGAUGAAGAGUGGUGCAGUAGGCCGUAACAUUGUGCUGUUCUAAUUUGAUUCACGUGGUGAACCUGGAUUCUGUCCUUUGCUGCCACCUAAUCCUAAUCAUUACUUUACAAAACAUUUUGUCUUUCAUAACUCACGUUCAAGACAUAAAUUAAUUGCAAAUUGAUGCUAACUGAUGUUAAACACUUGAAAAUGAUUUUACUUGAUUCAUUGGGUUGUACUAUUGGCAUUAAAUUUCACUGUGUUAACUCACGUGA